UGUAAUCAGCAAAUCAGCGUUUGCCUUGCUUGUUGCUUGCCGUUUAGUCGAUGUUUGUGUUUGGACGGAGAUACACGUGCAUUAUAUUGAGUUAUCGAAACGAAGAAAAAUUGAUUUUCAUUCUCAAUCUUAUUUAGAGAGGUGACAGCGUUUUGACGCUGCGUAUAUUUGCAAUGGAGAAUGAAAACGGGGAAAAUGUAGAGAGAUUUGUGACACUUGUGCUUGGCGAAGAUCGAUUUCAAGCGAACAAAAGAAAACUUGUUGAUUACAGCCUCUAUUUUGCUUCGUUGUUUUCUGAAAAUUUUAACGACCACUUGCAAAAUGAGUUCAAAAUAAAUUACGAUAUCACUUCUCGAACUUUGAAGCAUUUCUUAAACUGGAUCAAUCAUGAAGAGGACCACGCACGAGUUGUUUAUUCUCAAAAAUAUUUAUUUUUUGCACGAGUCUCGUUGGAAUAUUUUUUGGGUGAUCACUAUUCCGAAUUAAUGGAUUUGCUGGAACUGAGUGUAGUUUUCAUGGCAGAAAGACUGACAGAACAAAUCAUCGAGAUGAUAAUUUGUAUGCGAUACUCACCCGAUGAUAUGUUGGAAGUUUGGCUGUUGGCGGAAAAUCUUGGCUUGAAAGUUCUACGAGAUGUCGCACUUGCGACUUGCUUAGACAGAUUUGAUGAGCUUUCUUCUUUAUUGCUCGUUAAACUUCCAGCUGAAAAUUUUUUGAAACUUUUGCUCAACGUCAAUGUGAGAAGCAGUACUGAAAACUUACAGCAGGCUUUGGAGAAGUGGAAAAUGCAUAACGACAUUCCAAAGGAUUUGCCUGAUGCUUUCUUGAGGUUUGUUAACGGCGAUCCAGACUUUGUUCGUUUGGUGCUGCAACAAAAAAAAAAAAGUUAUGUUCAAUGCAUCACAGGGAGGAAGGAAGAUGGAUCUUUUGGCAUUUGGUCUUGGAAUGGGCAAAAUUUUUGUGAAAUGGCAGAAAUGACCAAGGCCCAAAUACACACGAUGCUCGAAGAUAAUGGCAGGGAAAUGGUAGGCUUUCAAGUGAUAGGAAGAGGCUUUAAUAUUUACUUUGUCGGAGGUGAACAGGGACUGGGUUCUGGAAGGUAUAACAUUACUGUCUGGCGUUACUGUCCUUUCUCAAAGAAGUGGUACAUACUAACUGAAUUACGGCGGAAACGACGUCACAUGGCUGUCGCUUUUAUCGAGAAUAAGCUAUACCUUUUCGGCGGUGUUGGACAUCACAGAUGUAAGGUAUUGACUGUUGAUAUCUUCGACGUUCACACAGAAAAGUGGUCGGAUGGCCAACGAAUUCCUCAUGAAUUUACGCGCUUGCCGACUUCCUGCGUACUGAAAAAACAUAAAUUUAUUUAUUUUUAUUCACACUAUUAUAUAUACGAUCCGUCGCGUAACCAUUGGAGCCAAUUCUUUGUAAGUGAGGACGAGAUAAUAUGGCCACAUAGUCUGAUAGAAGACAGGGAUAUAUCGAUAAUCGGAAGCAGCCGAAAUAAAAAAAAAGAUGGUUUGAAGACUUAUUGCGUAAUAACGACAGAAUACGAGAAUGGUGUGAAAGCACAAAUGGACACAACAAACCCACCUGCGAGUGCCUUUAUUCACAUUUCCCCGAGUUUCGAGACCGAUGGAGAAUGGGAAUUCGAUCAGCAAUUUAUGCCAAAGUGGCCGCAUAUAAUAAGUUUUGGGCAUUCGAAGAAAAAAGUUGUCAUAGAAGUUGCUGAGCUCAUUAGAACGCUUGACGACGAUAAACCUAUUGUUAAGUAUUUGCCUUUGAAGGUCUACAGUACAACAUUGCAGAGCAUAACGGACCGUGGUUUUAAUGAACGUUUGGGUUUGACCAAUCUCCUCAAUCCUGAGUGUCUUCACAAGAUUCUUCCUGUUCCUGAGCAGGCGAGUAUAAGUGUUUGAAAACAGGAGGAGAAAAAUAAAAGAAGGCUCGAGGAAGCAAUAACAA